AUGUCUGCUGCCUCUUUCUGUUGCCGAGUGCAGAAGGGCAUCUAUAGAAGGAUUACUUCUCUUUCUUAUGAGAAGAGAGAUUGGAAUCCAAUAUUGCUACAACAUUCAAAGCGUUAUCAAUACACAUCACCGCAGUACUCAGAAGAUCGUGUGGCUGCCUGGUGUCGUAGACUAUGGGGAUUGGCGCAAAGCGGUAGAUUUGACUCACAGUCUACUAGCAGCAAUUCCCCUUCUUCUUCUUCUUCUGUUGGUUCUACAUUGAAUAGUGAGGCUAAUCGUGCAUUGUUGGGUGAACUGCAGAGUCAAGCGAGACUUGUGGAGGAACUUAAGGCAGUUAUGAUUGGAGAAAAGGGACGUCUACCAGACUCUGUUGUGGAGUCUGUAUGGGAUGUAUAUGAGUCCAUUAUUCCACCCAUUGUGCCUAGUAAUAUUGACCGUAUUAUGACACCUACUCGAGAGACAAUGUUCUUUGAAUUUAUUGGACUUUUAGCAGAACUUGAUAUUAACCUCGCAGAUAUACGAGUGGCGGCGAAUAAACUAAACCACAGUCUUAGUGAAGUAGAGUCACUUCUUGCUGAAGUGGAUCGGAUGGAGGCGAGUCAUACUAACGAAAAGAAUACCACAAGAAAAGGUAAUUCUAUGGAUGUUACUUGUAGUAAUAAUAGUAAUAGUAAUAAUAAUAAUAAUGGUGAUAUGAGUUCUGCAACUCUUUCUGUUAAAUUAGUAACAGCCAAACAUGCAAUAAUGCGACAGUGUUUUGCCGUACGGCAUGCGGGUUCACCGGUGCAUUAUCUUUGGUUGCGGCAAACUGCUUCUCUAGAGCGUGGGAUGCGGCGAUUGAUGGAUUUACGUCGCUGCAUUUCAUACUUUUAUUCAAAAUCUCGACAUCACAUAUCCACUCUUCAGGCACAAAAACAGAAACAACAAGAAGAAAAAGAAAAUAAUGAAAAAAAAGAAGUUUCUCUCGCAAUGGAGACGGAUAAAAUAAGAAUACAAGAGUCUUUGGAUCUUUGGGUGUCACGUCAACGUCAUCUUUCCACAAUAGAUGGAGCCCUUAAAUUUCUUUUUAGUGACUUUUUCGCAAAGGAGUGGCUGGUCAUGGAGGAACUCACAUGGGAUACCACCCCACCAUUAUUAUUAGAACAAGUCAUUGCGGCGGAACAAGUACACCCAUUUGAUGGUGGUUUAUUAGAUAUGAAGAAACGAUUACAACCCACACAUAAUAGGCACCUUUUUGCCUUUUUUCAUCCUGCCGUUGUGGAGGAGCCGUUAAUCGCCGUACAAGUGGCACUUACACGUGGAAUUGCCAAUUCGGUAGAUCGCAUUCUUGGACGACCUUCUCCCUUAGAUGAUAAUCAAGAGUCACAUCAUCAAAGAGAAAAAGAACAGCAAGAAGAAAAAGGAGAAGUAUGUAAUGAUGAGGUGGAUACGGCUAUUUUCUAUAGUAUCAACUCUGCCCAAUCGGCAUUGCAUGGUAUGAAUCUUGGUAACUUACUUAUUAAACGUGUAGUACGUGAGAUUGAGGCGAAGCUUAACACAGUACGGCGAGCGAAUGGUCUUUCUUCUAUUACUACCUUUUCUACGCUCUCUCCUAUUCCUGGGUAUAUACCGUGGCUAACGGCAGAGGUGGCUAAGUUGCAACAAUGUGUGCAUCUCCAGAAUAAUGAUACCAAAAGAGAUAUGAGUUUAAAGUUUACACAACACCGUAUAUUUGGUGCUAAUGGAAAGGAUGACGUCCAUUUAUUUAAACAACUACGUAUGGCUCUUGUGGGUUUUGUAAAGCGGCAUCCUGACGUACAUGUCACUCUCGUAGAGCAACUCCAACAGGAAGCUCCUGAUGCGGUAAGUAAUACCGCUAACUUGGCCACUAUGAAUUUAUUAUUGACAUUGUUUAAAGGAAACAAUAAUAAUAAUAAUAAUAAUAAUAACAAUAAUAACCAUACGAAUACUGGUUUACAUAAUAAAGAGUGGGAACCUUGGUGGGGGGAUCAUAUCUUUACCCGCGCCAUUGAGGCUCCACUACUACGGUCUGUAGCGCACUACCUUUAUGAAGAGAAAAGGCGUAGUCGUAUCUUAGACCCUGUUGGGAACUUUCACAUUUCCAAUGGUGCCACUAUGCUUCGACUGAAUUACCUGGCGAAUUGCACUCCUGCAGGUAGUCAAGAGAGCGCCACAGUGAUGGUAAACUACCUUUACGAUCCUGCACGGGUGAGUGAGCAAGUGAAUACGUAUGAAGUACAUCGCACGGUUUCUGUUGGUAGUAAUAUCUUACAGCACCUUGGGUAUGAUGAGACAAAGGGGCAAAAGGAUUAA